UAGACCUGGAGUCUUUCUCUAAGGUUCCAGUACCUCUCUGAUUGUAAUUCCAGUAUUUAUGGUAAAAAGUGGGAGAGGGCAAUGGAAUUAUUUUUGUACUUAAAAUGAUUGAGAAAAAAACUCAAAAACUUUAAGAAUGCAAAGGAACCCUUUAAAAAAAGAGUUGGUAUUAUUUCUGUUCUUACUGAUACCAAUAAACUAGGAAAGCCUUGAGGUUCAGAUAUGUUGAGUUACAUAGAGAGCAUCUACAUUCCUUGAGGGACUAAACUGUGAAAUCAAAUUCCAUGUUUUCCUGCCCAAACUAGAGUUGUAUCUUUUGAUACGUAGCUCCUUUUUUCUGAUCGUUGAAAGGGAACUGUCAUAUUCUUAGGCUGUUUCUAAUUUCUAUCCAGGAGAUUUGGGAGUCACACCCCAUUAGUAUGUGAAGAUUUUAGUGAGUUUGAGAAGUUCAAGUCAUGCCCAGGUCUUGAAUUUUUUCUUUCUUCUCCCCUAGCUCAGCUUUCUCAACACUCCACUCUUCCCCAGAAGAGGAACACAAAGGAAGAAGACAUGUAUACUGUUUUCCUCGAAGUGUGAUUACAGAUUUCUUCUUUCUGGAAAGCCUGAUGUUUGACCAGAUGGCAGUAACAUUUGAAGAUGUGACUGUUAUUUUUACUUGGGAGGAGUGGAAAUUCUUGAAUUCUUCUGAAAAGAAGCUCUACAGAGAGGUCAUGUGGGAGAACUACACAAAUGUCAUGUCAGUAGGACAGUGGAAUGAGAGCUACAAUCCCCAAGAACAAAGAUUCAGAUAUUUAGAACAUGACAGUCUUUCUUGCUGGAAAGGCUGGAGGAAUGCCAGCACUUGGGUAUAUGAAAAUCAGAACUAUGUGGAAACUGUUCAGGAGGUAGAUUCCAAGGACCUAAUGCAGCAAGACCUUUCCCACUGCCAAGAGUGGUUAAUAUUCUCUACACAAGUACCAAGAUAUGGAACCUAUGAACUGACUUUUGAAGGCAGAAGUCCCAGGAACUUUAAGUAUAAAAAGUUUAUACCGUGGCAGUCCUUAGAAACAAAAAACACUCAAGACUAUGGGAAAGAAAUUUACGCAAUUGAAUUGCAUGGUUUUCAAGGAGACAGAUACCAUGUUGCCAUAUCCAGGAAAAAUCCCUCUGUGGAAAAAGAACAGAAGCUCAUAGUUCAUCGUUCAUAUGUCCCAAUAGAAGAAACCCUUCCAGAGUUCAUUGGUGAGAUACACCAAAAUGACCUGCUGAAAGAAUCUGUGGAAGAAAAAUACUGUGGAUGUAAUAAAUGUAAAGAAAUUUAUUACUGGAGCUCACAGUGUGUUCUUCACAAGAGAAAUCCAUUUGGAGAAAAGCUCUAUCAAUGCUCCAUCAGCACAGCAUGCUUCUCUCAGAGAUCAGACCUGUGUAGACAUCCAAGAAUCCACGUAGGUAAGCAUCUGUACAGAUGUGAUGACAUUGACAGUCACUUUAGUCAGAGCUCAGGUGUUCACUUUCAUCAGACAGUCCACACAGAGGAGGUACCUCACAUAUGUCAUGUGUGUGGUAAGAGCUUCCAUCAGAUCCUUAGUCUUCACAGUCAUCGAAGAGUCCACACAGAAGAGAAACUCUAUAAAUUUGAGUGUGAUAAGGACCUCAGUAGAAAUUCAUUACUUCACAUUCACCAGAGACUUCACAUAGGAGAUAAACCUUUUAAGUGUGAUCAGUGUGGCAAGAGUUUUAGUCGGAGUUCAGUACUUCAUGUUCAUCAGAGAGUCCACACAGGAGAGAAACCAUAUAAGUGUGCUGAAUGUGGAAAGGACUUCAGUCAGAGCUCAAAUCUUCGAAUUCAUCAGUUAGUCCACACAGGAGAGAAGUCCUAUAAAUGCGAUGACUGUGGUAAGGGCUUUACCCAGCGCUCAAAUCUUCAAAUUCAUCAGAGAGUACAUACAGGAGAGAAGCCGUAUAAAUGCGAUGACUGUGGAAAGGACUUCAGUCACAGCUCAGAUCUUCGUAUUCAUCAGAGAGUCCAUACAGGGGAAAAACCCUAUAUUUGUCAUGAAUGUGGUAAGGGUUUCAGCAAAAGUUCAAAGCUUCACACUCAUCAAAGAGUACAUACUGGAGAGAAACCCUAUAAAUGUGAAGAGUGUGGUAAAGGAUUCAGUCAACGUUCACAUCUUCUCAUUCAUCAGAGAGUCCACACAGGAGAAAAACCCUAUAAAUGUGUUGACUGUGGAAAGGGCUUUAGUCAUAGCUCAAAUCUUCACAUUCAUCAACGAGUCCAUACAGGAGAAAAACCUUACCAAUGUGCUAAAUGUGGUAAGGGUUUCAGUCAUAGCUCAGCUCUUCGAAUUCAUCAAAGAGUCCACACAGGAGAGAAACCUGAUAGAUACCAUAAGUAUUAUAGGAGACUUGAUCAAAAUUCAUAUCUUCACAAUAACCACAGAAGAGAAACCUUAUAAUUUUAUUUAGUUAAGAGCUUUAAUCAAAGCUUAAACUUUAAACCAAAUAAGUACUGCUGGGAAGAAAAUCCUGUAAGUAACCCAAAUAAUGCCACACAACAUUUAUAGUUUUCCCUAACUCCCACUAAAUCAUUUGCUUUAAAAGGUGAUCCUUAGGAAAUUCUUAUAUAUUUAAAAUUAAAGUACAUUUU